AUGGGCCAGAAGGCGCAGUCUUGGGGCCCUGAUGGGGGGGAGCAUGCGGUUGAGGCUCAGGGUCGUGGUGCCCAGCGACUCGGGCUGUAUUCCGAAGACGGAAUGGUCAAACCCCACACUGGUCGACAGCGACGACGACGCUCAACACAUGCACCACUCGUCGUGUGUCUCGUCGUGGUUGCGGCUCUGACCGCUCUGGGCCUGUGCCACCACCACCGCCAGAACCUGCAGUGGCCUGCUGCGCCCGUGGCGGUUGCUCCAACGUGGUCUGAGAGCGCGGCACCGUCCGACCGCGACCUGCUGUCAAGUGCUGCUCUUGCUUCCGCUGCUACUGCAGCUGCAGCUUCUCCUCACCACCCGGAUGUGACCACUGGUCACGUUGGCAACGACCAGACGGAACAUGCGGCUGCCGAAUCGUCCAGCGAGAGCGUCGCACUCGGCGUCCCCGGUGUGAUCAGACGGCAGACUGCCAAUGUGACUACGACUUCUGCGACAGCCGCUGCGACAGUUCUAGAAGUCUUCCAGGUGCACCAGCCCGUAUUGACCCCGUCUGGACCGACUUUGGAUGACGCCGCCGAUGGUGACGAUGACGACGCCCCCGGUGGUUCUUGUUCCGUCGUGCUGAUGGAACACGUCUUCGCGGUCAGUUACGGAGCCCCAUUCAUCGGGGCCUAUACACCGCCAGACUGUGAGUUCAAUCGCGUGGUGAUCAACUUCACCGUGGUGAGCGAGGGUAGGCAAUAUGACCGUCUUGCUCUCAUGUACCUUAAUGACACCGAGGUCUGGCGGACGUCAACCGCCGAGCCCACGGCGCAUCCCGGCAUCCGUUGGACCUAUCUGAAAGACAUGACAGAGUACCUCUCCCUGUGGAACUCACCGGAGAAAAUCAUCUUCGAUUUGGGCAAUCUCAUCACAGAUGUAUAUACAGGCUCCUUCAAUACGACCCUGACGGCUACAUUCUUCAACGACGAGGUUGACGUGGCCACUGCGGCCCCUGCGGACCUCAUCAUCCCCAUCAGUGCGCGUAAGUCUUCGUCUGACGGCGUUAGCCAGUUCACACUGCCUGCCGACAACGCGACCAACACGGUCAGUUUCCCCCAAAAUGCCAACCGCGCCGUCUUCUCUGUCAGCGCCAACGGCCAGUCCAGCGAGGAGUUCUGGUGGUCCAACGUGCUGCAGUCGGACACCUCGGCGUUUUCUGCAACCGCCGGAGACUUUACUGGCUACUCGCCGUGGCGUGAGGUUCAGGUGCUUAUCGACGGGCAACUCGCGGGCGUGCAGUGGCCGUUCCCCGUAGUGUUCACCGGCGGUGUCGUCCCCUCGCUGCAUCGGCCGGUCGUCGGCCCAGACGCUUUCGACCUGAAAGAGCACGAGAUCGACAUCACGCCCUGGCUCCCGGUGCUGUGUGACGGUAACAGCCACACCUUCACAAUCUACGUGGCAGGCCUGCUCGACGACGGCGGGUCGGAGGUAAGUGUCACACAGACAGUGGCGGCCAGCUGGUAUGUCACGGGCAAGGUCUUUGUGUGGCUCGACGACGAGGGCAGCGUGACGACGGGCUCUGCGCCCGUCGUCGAAGCCAUGCCGCCGAGCAUCUCUGUGUCGUCGGUGCUCACGCAGAAUGCGACGGGCGCCAAUGAGACACUCACGUACGAUACCGAGGUCUCGCGUGCCUUCAAGGUUACAUCGACUGUUGUCUCGCGCAACAACACCUCGGGCACCGUCAGCUGGACACAGGACCUAUCGUACAGUAACAAGGGCUUUGUCUCGGCCUACGGCUUCGCGCAGAUCAACGAUUUCUUGAUCUCCGGUACCGACCAGGCGAGUUCCUCCUCGGUGGCGGCUGUGGGGGCUGACUACAAGACUGAGUACAAGUAUCCUCUGUGGUGCAACUCGACCUAUGGCUACUCGCCUGAAGGUAACUUGACCUUGUACGGGCGCCUCAUCCAAGGGGUGCAGGUCUACGUUGAGGGCGCAGCCGUGUUCCCUGACGGCCUGGAGGCUUUCUCUGAAGGGGAAAGUGGGUCAGCCAGCCCCAAGUAUACCGGCUCGCUGGUCGACACGUCAAAGGACGGCACCGCUUACUUCUUCCAAUAUGCGGACCGCAGUAACAGCUCCGGGUACGGCUCGACAGACCAGGUCUUCAGCUUCGGCGGCUUCACUGCACCGGGCGGGUCCAUUGACGCUGUCCCCGACCAGGAGCUGUAUCGCCGGCACGUAGCGGCCACCAACUCGACCAUCACCCGUGAUGAGGAGGUCGUAGCUGACGGCGGCACAACUGUGACUUCCACCGAAAGUGGUGGGGCUGCCUCUGAGAAGUCCUACGCUCAGGCGCCGCUUGAUGGUGGCAACGGAGGCCCGAGGUUGUUCAUGUACCGACAGGACGAAGAUAAACUGUAA